AUGGGCCAUGUGUUUUUGUGGUUGUUAAAAUCUGUUAUUUUAGAUAUUGCCAUGGACUGGUCUGAUCAUGCUAUAUGGUGGCCAACUCGAAAUAUCUGGCUUGAUAAAACUAGAUGGACUUUGGACCAGUAUACAGUAAAUGCUGACACAGUAAUCCACUUUACUCCAAUGCACAAAACUUUAAGAAUUCAGCUUCCUGAUCUAAGAUAUGUUGACUGUACUGUAGAUUUUAGCGUUAAAACAUUUAAUGCUGGGGUGGUGAUGUGCCGUGAUCUUGGACUUAGACACCCUGAAGAGUUGUCGCUAUGUAAACCGUUGGACCCUGAACAUCUGAAGCAAAACUAUCAGGAGGUCAUGAUGCGGAGACGACCACCAGUUCCAACUAAAGAAGGAAAUACAGGAGAGCGGAUCGACACAAACACCUUUGUUUCUCAGACGGGAACUUUACGAUCUCCCAAUACGAGCAUGAACACCCCGACCUCGACAUUAAAAACUCCACGAACACAUAGGAAUAGUCCUCAGAUAAUUCAUCUUGGUGGUAGCAGAGGCAUUCAGGUUAAUAUACCGGGGUUUUCACGUAUACUACAGUUUAUGUUUAGAUACAAGUAUUACAGUUUCUAUGACUUGAAUCCCAAAUAUGACUCAACACGAAUAAAUCAGAUCUAUGAACAGGCCAGAUGGCAGCUAUUGAAUGAAGAAGUGGAUUGUACAGAAGAAGAAAUGAUGCUGUUUGCUGCUCUGCAAUUACAGGUUGCUAUGCAAGCCAAUGUUCCCCAGCCAGCAACUGACGAAGAUGAAACUGAUGACGUUGAUGAGGAAUUGAAAAAAUUACAGAUGACCCUGGAGGGGGGUGGAGGAGGAGGCUGGAAUAGUGUAACCGAGGAUCCUUCAAUGUCUGAUUAUCUCAUGUAUUUCAAGGGAUCAGGAUGUACACCAUGCUCCUGUAUUACAAGGCCCAAGAGGUUUACGUUGAAGUCCUACAAACGUCUGUACUUUGUACUGAAGAACCUUUACUUGAUGGCUUUUAAGUCAGCUGAGGCAGCUAAGCAGGAGGGAAAUGUACUUUUUACAGUUAUACUUAAGGGAUGUGAGGUGACCCCGCUUGUAAACCUGGCAGCCUCUAGGUACGAGGUUAAGCUUGAGGUUCCAUCAGCUGAUGGAAUGUCGGAUAUAUAUCUCAGGUUUACGUCGGAGAAUCAGUAUGCUGAUUGGCUGGCUGCUAGUAGGUUAGCCGCUAAAGGGAAAACUCUGGCUGAUUCAAGCUUUGAGAUGGAGGUUAAUUCUAUAAAGGCAUUCCUAUCAAUGCAGUCUCCGGCAGCAAGUCCAGCAAUAAACCCUGCUUCUAUUGAGAUCAAUCCCGACGAAUAUGUUGCCCCGAGGUUUGCUAAGAAGAUGAGAUCAAAGAUCCGUCAGAAGAUUCUGGAGUCCCACACCAACGUGAAGGACUUGAACUUGAUAGAGGCCAAGAUGAACUUCGUGAGGGCCUGGCAGAGCCUUCCAGAGUACGGGGUCAGUCUCUUCGUUGUGAGGUUCCAUGGUGAGAAAAAGGAUGAACUGCUGGGAGUUGCCUCUAACCGUGUAAUGAGGAUGAGCCUCCAAACCGGAGAUCAUAUCAAAACAUGGAGAUAUUCAACCAUGAAGGCCUGGAAUGUGAACUGGGAAACUCGGCAUAUGAUGAUUCAAUUUGAAGACGACAAAAAUGUGAUUUUCCAGUGUUUGUCUGCUGACUGCAAGGUUAUUCAUGAAUUUAUUGGAGGAUAUAUUUUCUUAUCAAUGCGUAGCAAGGAUUCUAAUCAACAGCUAAAUCAGGAGCUCUUCCACAAACUUACUGGAGGCUGGAUUUAAAUGUCGUCUUAUUUGAGAGUAAUGUCGUCUUACAUGAUACAAAUGUCUUCAUAUAUGACAUAAAUAUCGUCUUAUCAGGGACAAACGUCAGACGAAGAUGAACUAAAUGUCUGUUAAAAUUUAUGUAAAUGUAGUGUUAACUUUUAAAUUGAAAAAAACAUCUCUUUGUCUUUGUAAUUUCCCAGAAACUUAAUUUCUUGUCGGCUUGAUGUUCCCAAUCAUCUUCUUUAAUGUUCCCAAUCAUCUUCUUCUCGAAUCAGUCAAGGAACUUUUUAUUAAUUUUCCCUUAAUUUGUUCUCCUUUAUGUAUUUACCUAAACCCGAACUAUAUGACCAUAUUAAAUAGAUUGAUAUUUUUUUUCAAAAAAAGUAGCAAAUUGUAAAUAUGUACAAAACCGGUAUUCUAGCAUGGAUGAUUAUAAGAGGAAUAAUUGUUUUCAGAUUAUAUCAAAUAUAUUUUAAUUUAACUAAUAUUUAACAUAUAACUAAAAACAUGUCCUUGCAGAAAGAAAGGUCGAUUUAUCAAAAUUUUUAAUUUUUGAAAAAAAUUUGACAAAGUCUCUGAAAAAUCCGUUUUUGGGCAAAGAUUUAGCAGCUUUGAAAUAACAAAACAAAUCUACCAUCGAUUUUUAGAUCUAUUAGCAGAAACAUGACAUGACAUUAACAUCUAAGGUAGAGGGAGGGGGAGAAAUUCUUAAAAUAUGUAAAAAAUCGAUCAACUUUAAUCUGCAACAUUUUAAUUUGUUAAUAUCUGUAUAUAAAUGUUUUAAUAUGUGCCAUUUACCACUUUUUGUGCCAAUUAAACUAAAAUAAAUCUUUUAAUAUUAA